AACAAACUGCUAAAACCCCUAAACCCAAUCAAAAACCCUUCAAACUCCAAUUCAAUCGCGGCCGAUUUUCAAUUUCCGAAAGAUUGCAGCAAAAUGUUCUCUGUUUACACUAGAAAUCUCCGAAAUCAAUCACUCAGAACCCUCUCUUCUCUCGUCCUCAAUCAAAGGGUUGAUGUCAUCACGAGAAAUAGUUUUGCUUCAAAUUCGAUGCGUGGAAUCCCCAAUGUGAGCCUAGCGAGCUGCGAAUUGCCUUCGACGGCGAACAUGUGGAGCUGUUUUGAUGGAGCACGGCGUUUCUCAGCGAAGAGUAUGAGGAGUAAAGUGGAGAAGCGGAUGCAGCGGGAGUCCGGCAAAACCCUAAGGGAAAUUCGGAGGGCGAAAAAAUUGAGGAAGAAAUUGAUGACUGAUGAAGAACGUCUCAUCUACAAUCUUAGAAGGGCAAAGAAAAAGGUGGCUUUGCUUCUUCAGAAGCUGAAAAAGUAUGAACUACCAGAACUUCCACCUCCUCGCCACGACCCUGAGCUGUUCACUGCAGAGCAGUUGCAGGCAUACAAGAAGAUUGGCUUCAGAAAUAAGAACUAUGUUCCUGUUGGUGUUCGUGGCGUCUUUGGAGGAGUUGUUCAGAACAUGCACCUUCACUGGAAAUUCCAUGAGACGGUCCAAGUUUGUUGCGAUAAUUUCCCCAAGGAAAAGAUUAAGGAGAUGGCAUCCAUGCUUACAAGAUUGAGUGGAGGGAUUGUCGUGAACGUGCACAAUGUGAAAACCAUUAUCAUGUUUCGUGGCAGAAAUUAUCGCCAACCUAAGAACUUGAUACCUAUCAAUACUCUCACGAAAAGGAAGGCAUUAUUCAAGGCACGAUUUGAACAGGCCCUCGAAUCUCAGAAACUUAACAUAAAAAAGAUUGAACAAGAGCUUCGCAGAAAGGGUGUUAAUCCUGAUGAUCCAGUUGCCAUGGCUAGCAUCCAGAGAGUGGCCUCGACAUUUUUCAAUGCUAUUGAUAAGAGAGAGGGAAGUCCCUACGUCUUCCGAGAGGACAAGACAACACAAGUGGCAUCUGAGGGCUCUCAACAGCCGCAAGAUGCUGGAGAUGACAGUGAUCAGGAGGAGCUCGACCGCUUCAUUGCAGACAUAGAAGAUGCGGCUGAUAAAGAAUGGGCCGAGGAGGAAUCAGCAGAGAAGGAAGAGCUUCACCGGAUUAAAUACUGGAAUAGAGAAGAUUUUGGGGGUAGAUACCAAAGAUUCGAAGGUAACAGAAACGAGGACUCGGAUGAUGAAAUGAGGGAGAGUAUGAGAUACAGGGAUCAGAGGCGUAGGGGGAGAGCCUCUGAUAGUGAGGUUGAAGGCGAUGACGAGUUUGAAUCUGAUGGCAUCGGAGAAGUGGUUCCUCGGAGUUUUGUGGAUGACUCUGACGAAUCUAACGGGGAGAGACGUCAGCGUAGCAACGCUGGUAGAGCCAACAGCAGGGGAUUUGGGAGAAAUGAAAUGAAACCCAAAGGUAGGAAGAAUAAGAAUACUGUUUCAGAACAUGCAUUAAGUGAUUUGGAAGAUAUAACGUGGGAUUCAGAGGGCGAAGGGCGUGGCCUGAGGGAUUCAAGAACAUCAAACUAUAAGCGUAGGAACAGUAGGGAUGAUGAUAACUUUGAACAACUGGACACAAGUAACAGAGGAUCACAUAGAGGCACUUCAGCAACGUUGAAAGGAAGUGCUUUUGCUCGAGAUCCUUUUAGUGGAUCGGAGAUAGCAGAAUGGGAAUCAGAUGCAACAUCAGGAGAUGAUGAAGGCAGCAAAUAAUCGACAAUGAAGUGUACUAGAAUCAGAAAAUCGAAGAAUGUGGGGUGAAAUUUGAACUGUUUCAGCUGCAUAUAAAGCUUCCCUAGUUACUUAUCAAAUGAUGCAGGUUACAGGAUUUCGAGCUUUUCUGUUCCUUGUCAAGAAAAGGAGCAAACUGGAUGGAGGUUCGUGAUCCGCCGGCGGUGGAGAAGUUUUUAUGGCUCGCCGUUGCCGUCGCUGCCGUCGAGCUCGAUAUGUUCGUUGCUGCUCUCUUCUCAAACAGCAUGGAAAUGGGGAUGAGUGGAAUUGUUGAUGUGGAAUUUCUUUUAUCAAUUCUUUUUUGUAGAUUUUACCACAUGUCGACAAUUGAGGCCAAGGAAGAUGGAAUUUAGUUCUCCAUGUAUCGAUUUGUGGCGAAAUAGUCUUAAAAACACGCUUAAUUUUCUCUAAUACAUAAAGUUUAUACCUAAAAA